AUGUCGAUGUUUGAUUCGGAUACGUCGUCCCAAGGCAACGGGGACAAACAUUUCAGACAAAUUAGUCGUGAUCGAUUAUUGUAUGAAAUGAUUAGAUCUGCAAAAAGACCAGACUCAAAAUCAUCAAACUGGAAGGUACUCAUCAUGGACAGAAUUACUGUUAAAAUCAUGUCAUGUUCAUGCAAAAUGGCAGAUAUCACAGAUGAAGGAGUUUCAUUGGUGGAACAAAUUCACAAGAGAAGACAACCACUCCCCUCCAUGGAUGCAGUAUACUACAUCCAACCAACAAAAGAAAAUGUUGACUUCCUAUUGGCUGACAUGGCUGGAAAAGCGCCUCUAUAUAAAGAAGCUUAUGUCUUCUUCAGUUCAUCUGUUUCAAAAGAAUUGGUUGCUGACAUAAAAAAGGAGCCAACUAUAAAGUCUCGCUUACGUGGCAUGAAAGAGAUGAACUUGGAGUACUUUGCCAUUGAUAGCCAGUGUUUUAUCACUGAUCAUGGGAAUGCAUUGGAAGAGCUUUAUGGAGAUGAAGAAUUUUCCCGAAAGGGAGAUGAAUGUCUAACUGCCAUGGCCAAUCGUAUUGCAACUGUAUUUGCUUCAAUGUUGGAGUUCCCAUUUGUGCGUUACAGAGCCGCCAAAUCACUUGACCCCACAACAAUGACAACAUUUUGUGAUCUAAUCCCUACAAAACUAGCUGCUGCUGUUUGGAAUAAUCUUAUGAAAUAUAAAACUCUCAACCACUUCCCACAAAUUGAAACAUGCGAUUUGCUCAUUCUAGAUAGAUCCAUAGAUCAGAUUGCACCUGUUAUUCAUGAAUGGACAUAUGAUGCAAUGUGCCAUGAUUUACUUGAAAUGGAUGGAAAUAAAUAUGUUCACGUGGUUAGUGUUCCAAGCAAAAUAGGUGAUGGUUAUGAAAGGAAAGAGGUCCUUUUAGAGGAUCAUGAUCCAGUAUGGCUGGAGCUCCGACAUUCCCAUAUAGCAGAUGCUAGUGAACGCUUGCAUGACAAGAUGACAAAUUUUGUGUCCAGAAAUAAAGCUGCUCAAAUGCAUGGCAGAGAUGGUGGUGAGAUGUCUACUCGUGACUUGCAAAAGAUGGUUCAAGCAUUGCCACAAUAUAAUGAACAAAUGGACAAACUAUCUCUCCAUGUUGAUCUUGCUGGAAAGAUUAAUGGUAUUAUCAGGGAGAUGGGGCUUAGAGAAGUGGGGCAAUUAGAGCAAGACCUUGUCUUUGGAGAUGCAGGAACAAAAGAUAUCAUCAAGUUUCUCAAAGAACAAGAUGCAACAGAUGAACAAAAGAUCCGAUUAUUAAUGAUAUAUGUAGCAACUCAUCCCGAGAAAUUUGAGACUGAUAAACUUGCAAAGAUAUUGGAGUUAGCAGAUUUGCUUCCUGAAGAUAUGAAGGCAAUUUACAAUAUGAGAUUUCUGGAGUCAGCACCAGAUAGUAUGAACACCUCAAACAGUGGCUUCCCACUAAAAUUUGAUAACAAGAAGAGGCGUGGUCUUAGAAAAGAUCGUCCUGGUGAAGAAGCGGCUUGGCAGUUAUCACGGUUUUAUCCUAUUAUUGAGGAACUGAUAGAGAAGCUUAGCAAAAAUGAGCUACCCGUGAAUGAAUACCCAUGUAUGAAUGACCCGAGUCCAACUUUUCACGGGGCAUCACAUUCUGUGUCAGCAAGAGUACUGGAUGCUCCAGCUGCUCACUCCAUGAGAUCAAGGCGAGCAACAUGGGCUAGGCCACGUAAUUCUGAUGAUGGCUAUUCAAGUGAUUCGAUUCUGAGACGCUCAGCUAGCGAGUUUAUUAAGAGAAGGGGUAAACGGAUUUUUGUUUUUAUCGUUGGAGGGGCAACUAGGUCAGAGAUGCGGGUUAUUCACAAGUUAACGACAAAAUUGAGUAGAGAAAUAAUUCUAGGUUCAUCUAGUCUCGAUGAUCCCGCACAAUUUAUCGAGGUCGGUUAUUAACUUCUCGUCUUUUCUUUUAGACUAACUUUAAAUAAUUACAUUUUUGUUCUUAACUUUAUCUUAUCUUUGCAAUUUUUGUUCCAAACAAUUUAAUCUUGCAAUUUUGGUCAUUAAUAUGUAGUUUCCUAAUGAUUUUGGUUAUUGUUCCAAAUAAAAUGACUAUAUAUCUAA